AUGAAAAGGUUUUAGUUUUAGGGAAAUUGCACCCAAUGACUAAGAAAAAAACAAAAUUAACUAAACAACCAAAAGCACAGUCUCUCUCCCCUUAUAUCUUCCUAUCUCUCUCUACUCUCUCCCCAUAAAACUAAUUUUAUUUAUUUUAUUGGUUAUUUCACAAAUAACCCCAAGGUUUUAUAUACUUUAAACAAAAAAAAGAGGUUUUAUAUACAAUUCACGUCAUGUCGAUAUCUAAUCAUUCUACGACUAGGUUUAGCCAGUAAGCCAACCAUAUAUAUGUGUAUUUAUCUUUACUUUCCUAUAAUUUAAUUUGUUCGAUAUGUAACAAGAAUGAGGAGAUUCGGAGACAUCAACAAACGAAAAGAAAAAUGUUAACAGUAAAAUGAGCUUUGAUGUAUUUUUUUGGUCAUCAACUGAGCUUUGAUGUAUAAAACACCAAUUAUUGAUUCGAGAGGUUGUAAUUUAAAAUUAAUGUUAAAUUCGUGGAGACUCGUAAACCAUAGGUUACUAACAAUAAAAUAAAAAUGACUAGGUUACUAACAAAUUUGGAUAACUUUUGACCAUCUGAUUUUUUCUGACUUGCUAUAAAAAAUAUGAUUUUGCAGCAAAUAUCCACUUAUACAAUAAAGAUAAAAUAUUCAUACAUAACUGGAUCAUGUAUAUGCAAGUAUAUUCAUAUAUUGCCCAAUAAAUACAUCUUAUCCUUGAUAAAUAGCUAGACACUAAGAGUAUGUCCCAAAAAAAGCUAGACACUAAUAGUAUUGUUCCUGAUAAUUGAGUAUAUAUAUGUAUGUAUAUAUAGUUCAAUACUAUGUAGCCAAAAUUUUGUUUUCUGGUACCUCAACUGAAAUAGAAAGUUAUAGGGAAAUUCAGCCAAAGUAAGUGAAUCAUCUAUUAAUGCUUUUGUUAUGUCAUUUUCAGAAGUUCGCUCUUCGAUUUCAAUAGCUUCUAUACAAAAAAUAUUAAUGCGAAACGUUUUGCUAUUAAUUAACACGUUGGAAAUAGUCACAUUUGCAUUUCAUUUUUUAGUUGAAGAUUAUCCACCAAACUGCGCUUCGAAUUUAUUAGUCAAGUAAAUCAAGAUGUUUUGCGCGCCAGUUUAUUUUUUUGAAAGGAUUUAAGGUUGAACUAUGAAUCAUAGAACCCCAUCUUAAUAUAUUAACCAUGAUUUCAUGAGUGGGAAAAUAAGUUAUAAAACCGGACGUUUCUAAAACUGUGUAUAGAAUAAGUAAAAAUUUACAAGUUCGGUACAUAUAUACUUUUUGAACUGAAUCCUAUGUUUAGUAACCGAUUAGUUUCGAACCAUAUCAUAUAUUUUAGAGAAAUUACCUUAAUGCAACUAUAUAUAUUCGAGGGUUUUAAUAUGCUCUUUUUGAACACAUGUGUAAAAUUAGUUACCAAUCAAAAUACAACAUGCAAAAGAAUUAAACUAUAGAAGGAGUAUAAAUAUAUAUAUAUAUAUAUAUAUAUCUAUAAUUAGUUGUAACAAACCACUAAAUUAUAUGUUGUAAUAAAAAAUGUAAAAAGUUAUUUUCAGAAAAUAAAUGUGAAGCUUAAACAAAAAAUGUAAGCAAUUAUUCCACAUGUGAACUUUGGUCCGGAAUCAAUCAAUUAAUAAGAAAUAUUUAAAAUAUGGACAUAAGAAUCAAGAAAAGAUUUGUGUCUCUCUUCUUCAGUUGACCGACCCAUUGGUCUCCGUCUCUCUCUUACAUGUUGAGUUAUCUUUUUACACACUGUGUAAACACUAGGUCCGGUCUUAUUCUCCUAUUUCUCUUCCUUUUGUGUCUUAAAUGGAAAAUUUAUGAUUUCUGAUGACCAGUCUCACGACUUAUAUCUAUUUCUCUCUCUCCAUAAAUGACCCAAUGAUGUUUAUGCAGCUAUAUAUUUGGACAACUGAUGCAUUUUGAUAUCCAUCUUCUCUCUGUAUGGUAGAAAGGAGAAAAAAAAAACACAAAACAAUAGUAGAAAAGGAAAGAGAUCCCUUUUUAAAAAUCUCUUUUCCACUUAUAUCUUUCAUCUUCAGAAGAAGCAAGAUAAACAUCUCUUAAUUAGGUUGUUCCUCUUUGCUUCACCACUUCUGCACAACAUCCACUAUCACCAUCAUUUUGUAACAUCUAGUACAAGGAGCUAUGGAUCUGAUCUCUCAAAAUCAUAAUAAUAAGAACCCUAAUACAACUCUCUCGACACAACAUGCUUCUUCUCCACCUCCAUCUAGCCGCUACGAGAACCAGAAACGCCGUGAUUGGAACACUUUCUGCCAAUACCUUAGAAACCAUCGUCCACCGCUCUCUCCACCGUCUUGUAGCGGCGCACAUGUUCUCGAGUUUUUGCGUUACCUUGACCAGUUCGGGAAAACCAAAGUCCACCACCAAAACUGCGCCUUCUUUGGCCUCCCAAACCCUCCGGCUCCAUGUCCUUGUCCUCUCCGACAAGCGUGGGGCUCACUUGACGCUCUUAUCGGUCGUCUCCGUGCCGCCUACGAGGAGAACGGUGGAGCUCCCGAUACUAGCCCUUUUGGCUCACGUUCAGUCAGGAUUUUCCUCAGGGAGAUUAGAGAUUUUCAAGCUAAAUCACGUGGCGUUAGCUACGAGAAGAAGAGGAAAAGGGUCAACAACAAACAAAUAACUCAGUCGCCUUCGCAGCCGCCUCUACCGCCGCAGCCACUAGAGCAGCAACAGCAAGGCCAAUCUAUGAUGGCUAAUUACCACCACGGUGCAACUUGAGGAUAUCGUACAACUUCGAUACAUGUACGUACGUAUGCUCGUAUCUAUCUAUUUACAUGUAUCAACCUUUGUAUUUGCGAAAUGUUAUCCCUACUUUACUCCAUCCACCGUUGUCUACUGUUUCCUGAACUAUUGUUUAGUCCUUUUUUAUAACCAAUAAAUGGAACCAAGUUGGAUUGCA